AUGAGGAUACUGUAUUCGUUUCUUCAGAUCAGCAGAAAUAUGCAUCAGAGAAACCAAACCACCAUCUCUGAGUUCAUCCUCCUGGGUCUCUCCGGACAGACUGAGCAACAAAAACUUCUCUUUGUGCUUUUCCUGAGUAUGUACCUAGUCACUGUGGUUGGGAAUGGACUCAUCAUUCUGGCCAUCAGCUUGGAUUCUAACCUUCACACCCCCAUGUAUCUCUUCCUUGCCAACCUAUCCUUCGCUGAUAUGUCCUCCAUUUCUACCUCAGUCCCCAAAAUGCUGUUAAAUAUCCAAACCAAGAGUCAGUCCAUCUCUUACAAGAACUGUAUCACACAGAUGUACUUCUCUAUUGUGUUUGUUGUCAUUGACAAUUUCCUCUUGGGGGUCAUGGCCUAUGAUCGCUUUGUGGCUAUCUGCCACCCUCUGAACUAUACAUCCAUCAUGCAUCCUGGGCUCUGCAUUUUACUCACAGUCAUUCCAUGGGUCCUCAGUAAUAUUGUUGCCCUGACACACACCCUUCUGCUCACUCGGUUGCUCUUCUGUGACAACAACAUUCUCCCACACUUCUUCUGUGACUUGGCUCCUCUGCUAAGACUGUCCUGCUCAGAUACAAUGAUCAAUGAGCUUGUGAUGUUUGUUGUGGGCUUAUCAGUUAUCACCUUCCCCUUUGCCCUCAUCCUCUUCUCCUAUAUCUGCAUCAUCAGAGACAUCCUGAGAAUCUCAUCCACAGAGGGAAAGUGGAAAGCCUUCUCCACCUGCAGCUCUCACCUGACAGUUGUAUUACUCUUCUAUGGGACCAUUGUGGGAGUGUACUUCUUCCCCUCAUCGGCUCACCCUGAAGACACAGAAAAGAUUGGUGCAGUGCUUUUCACGGUAGUGACGCCUAUGAUGAACCCCUUCAUCUAUAGCCUGAGGAACAAAGAUAUGAAAGGUGCUCUGAGAAAGCUCCGCGAUAGGAAAAUAGUUCUUCGGUUGAUGCCCCGGGCAUCUGAGCUCCUUUCAUCCUCUUAA